AUGUCUUCCCCGAUUGCUAGUUCAGUGGCCAGCGAGCAGUUUGGAGACAUCCAAGCGCAGCUGAGAAGUCUGCGUAACAAUGUGGAUCAUCUCGAAGCCGUUGCUUCUGUGCCAGCAAAACAGAGAAAUACAAGCGUCAAAGAACUAGCUGGUGACAUCGCAUCUGACGCGUAUAACGUUGGCAUUCCAACCGAUAUCUUGGAACAGCUAGUCGACAUCCUCACAAAGCCAAAUCACUUAGAUCAGACGACGAUCACAACAUUGAUCAAGAACUUGUAUCCCCAAGAACGAGUCCCCUCAACUGCCGUGACAAAGAUAGUCUGCAGUCUGGGACCAACUAAACUCAAACCCUCACCUGCAACCCAAACGCUGCUGUUACAAUGGCUUCUGCUUGUUUACGAAUUUUUUGAGGAACCGGCCAUUCUGUCCAGGCUAUAUUCAGUUUUGUUUAAUAUGCUAGAUAUGAUCAGCCUACGUCGACCACUAUGCCACAUUUUAUCUCUAAUAACGCGUCGUCCACAUGUCAAGCCCUUCAGGAUCCAGGCUAUCAUGGAACUCCUCCGCAACGCCACCGACGAUGAGAAAGAGCUCAUGGGCCUAUUGCGCGUAUUCAAGAAUUACUACCCCGACAUCAUCAUCGGGGAAAUCGGACGCUCGAAAUUCUUCUUCAAACAUCCAGACCCCGAAUGGACGGCCAGAUUGAAGCAGUUACAGGACCGGAACUUGGAGCGCAUCCAGUUCGGUAAUGGGCACAACAACGUCUUUCAGGUUGUGAGACGUGGUGCGUCGUCCAAGCGGAGAAAGGUUGCUGGAAUCAUUCCGGAUGUGCAGACGUCAAGGGUGAAGCCGAGUUAUACGUCUCUUGAAGAAUUGAGGGAUGUAGAUGGUUUUGUAGAGAGGUUGGAGAAGAUUGAGUUGCCGAAUCAGAUUGUGUCUAUGCUGGAGAAUCGCAUGGCGCAUAAGUACAUGGCGCUCGUGGGACCUGAGGUUGCUAGGCAUCGAUUGGAUGAUUGGUUGGAUGCGUUUCUGAAGGAUGAAAUUGAGAUGGCGAAACUUCCGGACUCUACGGAUUCGGAGGCUCUCCGAUAUGUUUUAGGAGCUGUCUGUUGUUAUGUUCAAUCCACGAAGAUAUUGCCUGCUGCCGUUCGAUCAUUCCUCGACCACUACCUUCGAACCUGGAAUGGACAAGAUUAUCGACAAGAAAUUUUGAAUAUCUUGAAAUUCUUACCCAAAUGCUCUUAUCAUGACCUUCGAAGUCAGUACCUGGAACGACUAGAUACCACGGUUCUAAACUACAAUCCAUCAUCCUGGACAGAUCUGCUUGACUUUUAUGCAAACUUGAUUCGACAAUGGGGAAUAAGUCUGAGGUCAGAUACUUCCUCGUUUACUAAUAGAGGCUUCAAACCAUUGGUGUCCCUUAUUACGCAUGUAGAGCUGCUCCUACUAUCACUCAUGGAGAUACCGUUUACGCCUGAAGCCGACAAGACUGGCGACUUCAGGCCUGUGACAACGACUAUCCUCGAUCUAUACUCGGACUUAGCCGAGCUAUACUCCCACGCCUCGACCAACGGAAACAUUCGCCUAACGGUGCCUUUGGCUCCAGCAGUAUACAGUCUUAUAUUCACCUCCAACCUCGCUCAGAUAUCACGCCUAUCCAAUAUCCUUUCCAUAUACAAAAACUCAUUCGAGACCUCAUUGAAAUCCCAAACAUUGCAAUCACCGGCCAAGUCCGCAGGUGGCUUUUAUGCACCUGAAAUGGUUGGCCUAUACAACGGCUAUAUCAUGGACUUGUGCAACCUCAUUUGGCGAAACCGCGCCCUGAAUCGCGAAGAUCAGAACGCUCACGGUUGUCUGAUCCCCGAGGUCACCAAAAAAGCCUUUGUGGAAUAUAUCAAUGAUUCAAAUGAGAUAUUGAAGCAUCGCAGACUAACGCGUUCCGAGGGCCCUGCAUUCAAUUAUGCACUUAGCUUGAUGUUUUCUUUGAGUCAUCACGUUGCUCUGGCGAACCACUCAGCGGCUUGUUUUGCUACUCUUGAGGAACAGGCUGGUAUCACCGACGACAAGCUCAAGUUGCAGAGGCCUGUGACGCAGAAGGCAUUGGAAGCGCUCGAAAAGGAAGGCGGGAUCAAGCUGAUCUGGGCAGAAUAUAGGUUGAAGAUGCUGGAUUGGUUUGAUGGGUUGGGUAGUGAUGGUAUUGGGAACUUGAUGAGAAGUACCAUGAAAGCUUUGCGGAAGGAUGGUUGA